AAAUGGACUCAUUAGUCAUCACCGAAGCCGGGGAGAAAAUAAAGUUAAUAAAGGAGACCGAAGAAAGAGAGGCCUAUCCUAAGAAGAUAGGUUUCGUUGUUUCAACUUUCGAUGAAAGAAUCUUCCUGUACUCCUGAUUGAAGCUGCUAUCAUCAUAGCGAGAAUAGAAGAUCUGUCUAUGCUCCUAUUUAAGUUGGAAUUGGAUCCGUAACAUCGUAUCUAUCUCAUUUGAGAUAGCAAAUAUAUUUGUCAAAAGCCCUAUUGAUUGUGUUUUCAUUCAUCUAUCGCAAUUAUAGAAUUGCGAAAUAAGAAGAGAUAUGCAGAAGAGUGGGAGUUUGUCGAGGAAUACGAAUACCACUAUUACUGGGUUCAAUAAUAGUAAAUCUGCCUUUCAUCAGCAGUCUCUAAGGAGGUUGGGAUUGUGUUCUCAAAUAGCCACUGCUGGGGGCCAACACUCAUCCCCAAUUGUUUUUCCCGAGAAACGUAGUAAGAAAGUCAAAGCUUCUUCCAAACCUGAUGAUCCUUUGGACAAAGCCAAGGUUGUACAAGAUCACAGAAUUGACAUAAUCGGAGGAGGAGACGAGAAAUCUGAUUUGUUGGGAUGCGUUGUCUUCUCCGGAAAACUCAUUUUGGACAAGAGAAAAAACACCUUCCAUGAUAACACUUCUACCAAAGAUGCAGAACAGCAGAGUUCAACUGUUGUAUCCAACCAAGAAGCGGUCGAUGCUAAGCUUACUAGCAGGGCUCUUGUUUGGGGUGCUCGCAUGCUGCAUCUCGAUGAUGUUAUAUCGGUAUCAUACAAUGUUGGUCUCAGACAUUUUACCCUUCAUUCUUAUCCGAUGAAAAAGGGUUCUUGUGGUCUAUCUUGUUUUAUAAAACCUAAAAGAAGCCGCAAGGACUAUCGUUUUCUGGCUUCUAGUGUAGAAGAGGCACUUCAGUGGGUCGGUGGCUUAGCAGAUCAACACUGUUAUGUAAAUUGUUUGCCUCAUACUUUGGUUUCUUCCAAGAAGCAAGCAUCUUCUGAGCUGCUUUCUACUGACACUCCGCCAGAGUUACUCUUCAAAUGUAAGAGUCCACCUAAAAUGCUUGUCAUCUUAAAUCCACGAUCUGGACGUGGUCGUUCAAGUAAAGUUUUCCAUGGCAUUGUGGAACCAAUAUUUAAGCUAGCAGGGUUUAAAUUGGAGGUAGUGAAAACAUCAUCUGCAGGUCAUGCUAGAAAUCUUGCAUCAACAGUUGACAUCAGCACAUGUCCUGAUGGGAUCAUCUGUGUAGGUGGUGAUGGAAUUAUCAAUGAGGUCUUAAAUGGCCUACUUAGUAGAGAUAACCAGAAAGAAGGCAUAUCCAUACCAAUUGGAAUUAUACCAGCUGGUUCAGAUAAUUCUCUAGUUUGGACUGUUCUGGGAGUAAGAGACCCAGUUUCUGCUGCUAUCUCUAUUGUAAAGGGGGGUCUUACUGCUACAGACGUUUUUGCUGUUGAGUGGAUUCAAACUGGUGUUGUUCACUUUGGGAUGACAGUUUCAUAUUAUGGUUUUGUUAGCGAUGUGUUGGAACUCUCUGAGAAAUAUCAGAAACGCUAUGGUCCUCUGCGUUAUUUUGUUGCUGGAUUUCUCAAGUUUUUGUGCUUACCAAAAUAUAGCUAUGAAGUGGAAUAUCUUCCAGCAACAAAAGCUGAUGAAGAAGGAAAACAGCCCCAGCGAGAGGUAGUUGACAUGUCAGACUUGUACACAGAUAUCAUGAGGAGAUCAAACACAGAAGGGAUGCCUAGAGCCUCUAGUUUGUCAAGUAUUGACUCGAUAAUGACUCCUAGUCGAAUGUCUGGGGGCGAGUUAGAUACAACCUGCAGUAGUACACAUGCUAGCACUGAACCAUCUGACUAUGUGCGAGGCCUAGAUCCAAAAUCAAAACGCUUGUCAUCUGGGCGGAGUAAUAUAGUGGCAGAGCCAGAGGUUAUUCAUCCACAGUUACCUCUGUCAACCACUCCAAACUGGCCAAGGACCAGGUCAAAAUCAAGGACAGAUAAAGGAUGGACUGGAGUGACCUCUUCACAUGAUCCAUCUAGAUGUUCUUGGGGAAAUACAGUAACAAAUGAUAGAGAGGAUAUAUCUUCGACAUUGUCUGAUCCAGGUCCAAUUUGGGAUGCUGAACCAAAAUGGGAUACUGAGCCUAAUUGGGAUCUGGAAAACCCCAUUGAAUUGCCAGGGCCUUCAGAUGAUGUUGAAGCAGGAACCAGAAAGGAAGCUGUGCCUAGGUUUGAAGACAAAUGGGAAUUUAAGAAGGGACAAUAUCUUGGCAUAUUGGUUUGCAAUCAUGCUUGUAGAACAGUUCAGAGUUCUCAAGUGGUAGCACCAGGAGCUGAGCAUGACGAUAAUACCAUGGAUUUGCUCUUAGUUCAUGGUAGUGGGCGACUAAGGCUAUUGAGAUUCUUCUUGCUGUUGCAGAUGGGUCGACAUCUUUCGCUACCAUAUGUUGAAUACAUCAAGGUCAAGUCUGUGAAGAUCAAGGCUGGGAAGCACACCCACAAUGGUUGUGGCAUUGAUGGUGAGCUUUUUCCCCUUAAUGGACAAGUAAUCUCUUAUUUGCUGCCAGAACAGUGCCGACUCAUUGGCCACUCAAGCCAUCACAUAUAACAGCCUUGAGCCAUCUUUCUGAACUCUUUGAAAGGUUUCAAUGGUAAUUUUUACGAUAUUUUCUGAUUGUGCUUGUUAUAUAUGAAGAGCAUUACUUAAACCAGGCCAGAAUACAAUGAUCUUUUCCUUUCUUGUAUUUUUACCCCUCUAUUUUUUUCUAAUUUUAGCCCCCAGGAUUGUGCCAUUGCACAUGUGAGGUCCCUGUAUAUGUUUUCUGCGAUUAUGUAUUGGUUGUAUGUUGUUUAUUGUGCCCUCGCCUACCUUUUUCCAUCUCUACACCCUCUCUUAUCUGACGUUGGCAUGCGCAGAUCAAUGUAUUGAAAAUUCUGUCUUUCUAUACAACUUUACUCCCCCUUGUUAUUGACCUGGUCAUUACAUUGUAUGGGACAUACUGAGAUGUUAAUAUUGUAAAGUACUCUGAUUUUCUGUUCCAAUUUGGUAUGUAUCCAGGUCCUCCUUUUUUA